AAACUGAUCGUUACGAUUUUCCUUCCUGCUUUAACAACCAGAGGCUGAAAAUGAAUCCUAUCACUCCGCCAUGGAAGCUUCACUUUGUGCUUCUCAUCCACUCAAGCUACCCCUUAUCUCAACACCCACAGUCACAAAGUACCCAAAUCCGACUGUCAAGUUCACUUGCAACAGAACAUGCAAAACUUUGACGGGAAAAAAUCAAUGGCUGAUGACAACCAAGGUUUCUGCUGCUUCCAUUCAUGAUGUUUCAGCCGUAGCUGAUCCGGCCCGUGUCGAUAUUACAUGGCAAAUUGUUGUUGGAGCUAUAGCUGGGGUUACCCCUUUCAUUGUUGCAGGGAUUGAAUUCAGCAAAAGAAUUAUCGCACAAAGAAGAUGUGAAGAAUGUGGGGGCUCAGGCCUUGUUUUCAGGGACAAUGAUUAUUUCAAAUGCCCUGGAUGUGGUGGGUUUCUUCCAUGGCAGUCAUGGAAAAGAUUCUUCACUGGUUAAAGCUCCUUUGAAUUCAUCUCUCAGUGUUACAAGAUUGCCAAUAGGCUAUUGUUCAGUUUUCAGGCAUGUUGUAGAAUCUGUGUGUAAAGAGGUUGAAAACUUGAAAGCCAAGUGAUUUCAACUGGUACAAGGAGGAAAAGCUGUAAAAACAUUCCUGCAUAUCAACUCUUGUAAGAUAUAUGAUUUCUGGAUAAUGUGCUUCAGUUUUAAAGUGUAACUGGCUAGCAGCAAGAGGAGAAUUACUUUCUCUUUGCAUUAUCUGACACUUGCUAAACAUAGUUUAGGAAUGAACCAAAUCAAUAAUCUGUUUUCUGGCAGACAUGUUUCUUUUCA